GUCAGCUGAGGUAGUACAUUAUAUUUAUACAGCAAAACCAAAAACAGAUGUCGGGAGGCGUGAGAAAGAGUAUGGGGAUGUGUCUACCCUGUCUGAGUGGAGCUAAGGAUGAUGUAGUAGUCACACCAGACCCUGAGACGAGGAGAAGACAGCUAGCAGAGGCUGCAGAGAAGAGACAGAAAGAGACCACCUACAGAGGUAUCAAAGACCCCGAAGCCUUGGAGAGGAAAAAGAAGAAACAAGAAGAGACAGAGAAACAGACCAUGAACUCUGUACCUUCUGGAGGCGGUGGGCUAAAGUGGCAGGUUGGCUAACACAGGCUAAAGGGAAGAUCGCUGGUGUGUUUACAUCGGGGGUCAACCUUCAUCUGCAGUAUUUCCCACUGACUUGAGAGAUUCUUAAAACUCUUCAUUCUUUCGGUUCUUAUUUUGAAGUGUACACUAGCCAGGGGAGUUUGCAUAGAGACUAGAAUUUUUGCCGAGCUCCUGCACAAAACUCCUCAUCCUCCAGGCCUUCUGAUUGGCCAGAGUGCAUUUAGGCCACACCCCUUUAAAUGCCAAGAUGGGCUUGCUAGUGGGUUUUUGGGACUUUAGCAAUUCAUGUCCCCCACACACACACACACAUGCUCAGUUUGUGUUCAUGCAUCAUUUCAGACACGCAGCUUUUGUACCGAUGUGCUUUCUAUUUUUAACAUUAAUGGAAUCCUCUAAUCUGAGAUCUGAAUGUCAUUUUAAUACACAUUUAUACAACUGAAAAGCAUAUUUUAUAUUGGAUUUUGUAUAAUUUAAUACAUAUUUAGGCAUUUAUAUUUAUGCAUCAGUUACCUGUGCAUUUUGCGAUUGGUCAGGACUUGAAGUAUAAUAAUAAUGGAUAUUAUGUCAGUUAGCACUUUCACUGCCUGUUGAUUGUAUGACUUGCUGUUCUUAUGAACCAAAUUGAAUGUGCAUCACUUUAUCUCAUGAGACGCAUUGAUUUCUCACCCUUUUCCGAAGGGCUUUGGUUGUCGUCAGCUAAGAAAAUCUUAACUUACUGCAUUCAAACGUAACAUCCAUGUUUCUGGGCCAUGCAGCAGUGACUGUAGCAGCCUGAGCUAUAGUGCUUAGUGUGGAAUAUAUUGUAUCUAUAGAAACUCAUCAUAUUGCCUUUAACGCAUUUCUUUUAUUAUUGUUAUGCUCAUGAGUUGUUACCUCUUCCUACAGCAACACACUCACUGCUUGUGGCAGGGAAACAGAUUUUUGCAGCAAAUAAUCAACUGAAAUAUCUUCCCAGGUUUCAUUCAGAAUGGGUUAUCAACAUCAGACACUGUAUAACAAUAAUAUAACAAAUCAGACAAAGUAUUGCAAUGUUCAUGUUUACCAGUAGAGGGCAGCGGCACACUUUCGGAUCAGGAACUGUUUUAGAAGCACAUCUGCGGAGUCAUUGCUUAAAUAAAGAUUGUGUUUGAUUGAACAACCAAUCAUUUGUUCACUGAAAAAUCUCCUUUGCCUUGUAACUGAUGAACUCUGGCCUCUUCAGUGCACUAUUAUUAUACUGCAAAUAACACACACAGUGCUCACUUUAUUAGUCACACCUCGAUUCAGCAAAGUGCUGGGGAAAAAAUCCUUACAAAUUCUGGAGAUCACACUGAAGUGAUGUUAUGAGUUUUCUUUUCUUUGCUGACUUCCAGAAAUUGAUGUGAUGUUCAUCCAGACAUGUUCUGCUUUACACUGUUGUGAUCCAAGGUCAAGCCAUUCUCCCUUGACCUUAUACAGAACUGUGGCUCACUGGAUGAUCCCAGGAGAUCAGCAGUUUCUCAUAUUCCAACCACUGCUCUACUGUCAUAGUCGCUUCCAUCACAUGUCAUCCUGUUCUGAUGUUUGGCAUGAACAGUGUUGGGGAAAGUUACUUUUAAAACGAAUGCAUUACAAUAUUGCAUUACUUAGUUACUUUUAAUGGAAAUGAAUGCACUACAUUUUGGGCUGGGCUUGCUUCUCAACCCAAAAGUUAUAUUUUUUGCCAACUCUAAUGGCCC